GGCAACUGCAAGGAUGACCACCAAUCAGGUACGCCUGAAUUAGAUGAGUGCAACCUCUCUGCAGAUGCUGUCAGACCUGCUUAUUUUUUCCAGGUAUUUUUGUUUUUGAUCUUGGAGGAUUGACUGUCUGGAGGAGAUUACAGAGAUAGGGGAGAAUACAACCAUGGAGGAAAAUAAGGCCGUGAACCUCAAGCCAAACAUCUCAUCAGGAGCUGACAGUUUCCCAAUUUAUCAUAACUGGAAAGCAUCAGCCUUUGAACAUGGAAGGAAAAAGCACCGUUCACAUUGUGGAGAAACAGUACACAUGUUCUGUGUGUGGACAAGGCUUCAGACAAUCAUCUGGCCUGUCAAGACACAAGCGCAGUCACACCGGGGAGAAACCGUGGAAAUGUGGGGAUUGUGGGAAGAGAUUCAAUUACCCGUCUGAUCUGGAAACUCAUCGACGCAGUCACACUGGGGAGAGGCCGUUCACCUGCUCUGUGUGUGGGAAGGGAUUCACUCAGUCAUCCAGCCUGCUGAAACACCAGCGAGAUCACACUGGGGAGAGACCAUUCACCUGCUUCGAGUGUGGAAAGGGAUUCACUCAGUUAUCCAACUUGUUGGAACACGAGCGAAUUCACUCUGGGGAGAGGCCGUUCACCUGCUCCGAGUGUGGGAAGGGAUUCACUCAGUCAUCCCACCUGCUGACACACCAGCGAGUUCACACUGAGGAGAGACCUUUCAAAUGCCCAGAUUGCGAGAAGUGCUUUAAAAGUUCUGGGGAACUGAUGUCCCAUCAACGUGUUCAUACUGAGGAGAGACCAUUCAGGUGCUCUUAUUGUGGGACUGGAUUCAGGCGAUCAGAACAGCUCACUGUGCACCAGCGAAUUCACACUGGGGAGAGGCCAUUUACCUGCAUGGAAUGUAGGAAGGGAUUCACUCAGUUAUCCACCCUGCUGAAUCACCAGCGAAUUCACACUGGGGAGAGGCCAUUCACUUGCUCUGAGUGUGGGAAAGGAUUCACAACUUCAUCCACGUUGCGAAAGCACCAGCGAGUUCACAAGUUUCUACAGUGAUGGAUUUUGCUGAUAAUCACAUUCAGGACUGAACCAUGUUCAUUGGGGUCUGUUUCUGCUGAUGUUAAUAAACUCCAGCCCAGUUUGCGGGAAUAUUA